UUCACCAAAAUGGUUCAGUUUGUGAUCAGUUCAACCCUCUUCUUCCUAGGAACCUUUCAUGCCACCCAUUUACUCUUACUCUUCCUCACUUUCACGUUUCCAAACAGUUCUCCAUCAGCCACACUUACCGACUCAACAGACAAAUUAGCAUUACUCAACUUCAAAUCACACAUAAUUGAAGAUCCUGAAGGAGUCUUAUCCUCAUGGAACACCUCUCUCCAUUUCUGCGACUGGAUUGGUGUCACAUGUUCCCUCAAACACCAAAGAAUCACCAGAUUAGACCUCCAAGCCCAUCAGCUCACCGGAACCAUCUCUCCAGCCAUCGGAAAUCUCUCAAUCCUCCGAUCCCUCGACCUCGGCGACAACUCGUUCCAUGGCGAAAUCCCCGUAGAACUCAGCCACCUGUCCAGGCUUCAAAACCUCAACUUGAGCUUCAAUUUCUUGACGGGUACAAUCCCCACCAACCUGUCUCGAUGUUCUGACCUUGCAAAUCUUCUGUUAGACCAUAACUACCUUGUAGGCCACAUUCCUCCUCAACUCGGCUCACUCUCCAACCUCGUAAUGCUGUACCUUAAAAACAACAAUCUUACAGGCACUGUCCCGGGUACAAUUGGAAACGUCACGUCUCUCCAAGAACUAUACUGGUCGUAUAGUUACAAUCUGGAGGGAGAAUUACCAGACUCCAUGUCCCAAAUGCGGAGUCUAACGAUGCUCGGAUUGUCGGUAAACAGACUGUCGGGAUUUUUUCCUCACUCGAUUUACAAUCUUUCUUCUCCAUCAGCCACACUUACCGACUCAACAGACAAAUUAGCAUUACUCAACUUCAAAUCACACAUAAUUGAAGAUCCUGAAGGAGUCUUAUCCUCAUGGAACACCUCUCUCCAUUUCUGCGACUGGAUUGGUGUCACAUGUUCCCUCAAACACCAAAGAAUCACCAGAUUAGACCUCCAAGCCCAUCAGCUCACCGGAACCAUCUCUCCGGCCAUCGGAAAUCUCUCAUUCCUCCGAUCCCUCGACCACGGCGACAACGCAUUCCAUGGCGAAAUCCCCCUAGAACUCAGCCACCUGUCCAGGCUUCAAAACCUCAACUUGAGCUUCAAUUUCUUGACGGGUACAAUCCCCGCCAACCUGUCUCGAUGUUCUGACCUUGCAAAUCUUCUGUUAGACCAUAACUACCUUGUAGGCCACAUUCCUCCUCAACUCGGCUCACUCUCCAACCUCGUAAUGCUGUACCUUAAAAACAACAAUCUUACAGGCACUGUCCCGGGUACAAUUGGAAACCUCACGUCUCUCCAAGAACUAUACUUGUCGUAUAAUUACAAUCUGGAGGGAGAAUUACCAGACUCCAUGUCCCAAAUGCGGAGUCUAACGAUGCUCGGAUUGUCGGUAAACAGACUGUCGGGAUUUUUUCCUCACUCGCUUUACAAUCUUCCGUCGCUCGAGCUCAUAUCUUUAUCCUUCAACAAGUUCAGUGGUAAUCUCAGACCCAACAUUGGGGUUGUUUUUCCCAAUCUCCGGAAUCUUUACUUGGCAAACAAUUUCUUCACUGGUCCCAUACCCGAUUUGCUGUCAAAUGCUUCGCAGAUUUCAAGGAUUGACAUUCCUUACAAUAAUUUCACAGGCAAUGUACCUAUGAGUUUUGGGAAUUUACAGAGUUUGUGGUGGUUCAAUGUUCUUGACAAUGAUCUCGGAAGUGGUAGACCGGAUGAUCUGAGUUUCAUAACUUCUCUGACCAAUUGCAGCCAGAUAGAAUUCCUGGACAUUGCUGACAACCGUUUCGGAGGCGUGUUGCCGAGCUAUCGCCAAUCUGUCAACCCAAUUGACGAAGUUACUUGUCUGUGGAAACAGAAUUCAUGGAACUAUACCUGCAGUUAUUGCCAACCUCUUCAACUUGGACACACUCAGUAUGGGGGAAAACUUUCUUACAGGUAAAAAAAGGAUUUCGUUCGAAUCAAAUAGA